UCCUGUCUGCAAAACUGUUGUGCUGUCACAUUCUACUGAUGGUGCCGCAGACUAAAACCGAACGCGGAGGAAAAAACAAGUGAAUCGCAGUCCACUUGUCGUGUCGGCGGUGGCCGUCGGUCGUGUGAAAGGAUCAAGGAAAAUCAAAGUUUUGAAUACAGACCAGACUGUUUCCUGUUAAUGGACUGACGAUGUUUGUUACAGCGAAUAACGUGCGAUGGUUAAAGCUAUUUCGAUUAAUGAACAAACGUAGCCUUGAGUAAUCUUUUCAUGAUAAGUUCAGUGUAGAAUUAACAAAGAUUCGACGGUUCGCAGGAUAGGGCGUUUCACGGUUUAGAAAUGGUUGAAAUCGAACUGUCGCGGAAGUCUAGUUAGACCACGGCAAUGAUAAUGUACGGUGAAGAAUAGAAUACUCUCAAAUGGAUUAUCAAAAUGGAAUCGGGAAUCGUUAGUGUGAAUUCUAUCAGGGUGUUGCUGGUCCUGAAAUAAUUUCGGACACUGAUAAGGAUAAUGCAAGUUGCUGCAAGCAGAAUUAGGUGGUUGUAUUGUCGUUUCGAAUAGAUUUUCAUCUGAACAUAAUAAAAAAAGGAAAAAAAAACUUCUGACUGCCGUCCUGGCGAGCUGGCUUUCGAGCAGUGCUUACAAUGUUUCAUUGGGGGGUGGUGGAAAGCUCCCUCGUAACUACAGAGUGGUGUGUGAACCUGUGUGGGUGUCGCUCUCUCGCUCGGUUGGCCGGCUGGAUGGAAACCGUGUUGUUGCUGUCAAGUGGAAAUUUCGCGAAGGAACAUUUUUGUAGACUAUUUGUUUUUGGUGCCCUCAUUUUGGCUGGUGUUGGUGUGCAGACCGUCUACUUACUCUGUUUGCGUGUAAGUGUGCACUGUAUUUUGAGCCUGACAUAAAGCAGCAACUCUUUCGAUAUUAGUUGAGCAAAAAUUAGACGAUACAUAUUUUAUGUAGAUCUUCUAGUACUGGCCUGUAGCUUUGAAAUUAAAGCUGGGAACGAGUGUUCGGUUGGAGGCCGACUGAGGGCGGAGUAUUAGCCAGCACUUCCUGUAAUCAUGGGAAAAGUUUGUUACCGAGCGUACUGUGUAAUAUAGUUUUCAAGUGCAAGUAAAGAUUUUUUUCUGCCUUGAAUAUUGUGGCACAGCUGCCGGGAAUGGCCUCGAGCUGGUAGGACAGAGUGGGCGUUUGGACCGCCAGAAGCUACCAGUCGGUUGGAAACGGAAGGCAGACAAUGAAAAGAAUAGAACGUGUGUAUUAGUGAAAAAAGUACUGGAUAAUUCGUCAGUGGACAACUCCUCUGUUUUGUUUUGAUUACAACAGCAUUGGUUUUUAGAAAACAAUUUCAACGGGUAAAAAUUAGUCGCGAUGUAGUUGGUGAAGUGAAAUUAAAAACUGCGGCGGUCGAUAGAUAUCCAUUCGGGGCUUACGCGAUUUUCGCAGAGGUGCAGCACGAUUCAGGGUGAAUUUGCUCCUGCACUCUUGGAAUAGGUGCGCGAUGAUGCAAUUUGAAUAAAUUAAAAAGAGAUUCCCGAUUUAGUCGGCAAUUCUAUAAUAGUGUAGGUGGAGCAGGUUGUAUGCGACCGCAGACGGCAGUUUUGUGGCGAUUUGAUUGAUGCAAAUGUUUUGUUCCAACGAAUCGUAACCGAACCGAAACAAACUAAUCGAAUUGCAAGUGGCUGCGCUAUCGUCGACAGUGAAGUGCCUACGAGUGGUGGGCCAGAAAUAUAAUUAAGUGGGAACAAUUAAAAUGAGUAGUGAUUUGUUGUCAUCGGUAGUGGUAUUUCUGUGUAAAUUUGUGAUUGGCCUUGUUUGAAUUUCAAAUUCGUCAUGCUCCAUGGAAAUAAAAAAGAAGUGCAAUCGAAUUAGAAAUGGUGCAUGUCAAAAUUUCUACAUAGGGGCUGGUGACUGUUGUGAAAGAGGUUCGUCGUUGAAACGACGGCUUGUUGGGAUAAAAAAAAAAACAGUUUGAUUGCGGCUCCAAUAAGUGCCAAUGCCGGUUGGAAAUGUUCCCUAUCACCAUCGAAGGAAAUACUCUCCGCAGGUUCCGCCGGAUUACCAGUCACGAAUAUUUUUCGGCGAUUAUGUGCGCGAGAACCGGUCCCGUGUGGGUGUCGCCACUGGCAAUACCGGUGGCGUCAGUGGCAGUGCUGUAGUGAAUGAAAAGUCGGCAUCCUUGUCGUCGCAAGUGGCAAUCGGUGUCCCGGACGGUGAAGAGUUGUAUUCGUUGUCGGCUGGCGGUGUGUCGUCGGUGCUGGGCCAAGACAUUUGUACUACCUACAAGAGUAACAACAAUAACGGCAGCAACAAUCCGUCGCUGGCCAGCCAGUGUUCAACUCCGGUCGGAAGUGGUGUCAAUACUUUCGGUAGCACUGCCAGUCAUAACGGUAAUGGACCAAUUUCUCCGGCCUCACCUCAGCAGGUAAGCUCCGGUCAGCCUGUACAGCAACCGAGUGCACAAAAUUACCUACCGUCGACAUUGUACUCCGCGCAAAGGACUGAUCCACCCGGUUCCGGUAGUUGCGAGUCUGGGACCGGAGUCGUGUCGGUUUCGUGCAAUAGUAAUGGGAAUAAUAAUAAUAAUAAUAGUAGUCAUAACAACGGUAUCAACAAUAACAACACUGUUGAACCGAUUGACAAUGGAGUAUUAGCUGUUGGUGGUGGAGGAACAGAAGCUGGCUUAUCGGGUUUUCCAGUCACUGCCAGUCGGGCCAACAAUAACAACGAGCUACAGAGUUCACCAGGUAAUGAUGCCGGUACCGGCAGCUGUCUAGUUGGUGGCAGCAGCGCAGAUAUACUUCAACAGCAGCAACAACAACAACAACAGCAACAGCAGCAGCAAACGCUCUACAGGCAAUAUCCGGGUCAUCAGGCACAGCAUCAACCACAGCAGCAGCAACAACAACAAUCAUCGAGUUUAUCAAGUAGCACUAGCUUAAUUACCAACAAUAAUCAAAUUAGAGAUAGGGAUAGUACCAAUUACGUGUCCGCAUUAACGCUCGGCACUCCAGUGAACGCAAACAGCGGCUGCAUCGGAAGCAGCAGUGGCCACAACACCGGAAGCAUUAGCAGCCAUACUCACGUGAAUCUUGCGGGCACUUCUGCGGUAUCAUCGACCAUGACCACCUCGACGGCCAUUUCACCUCCGCGACCGAUGCAAAAGGUGAUACCGACGGUCGUCUAUCUGAUGUCCCGCAUCGCUGUACAUAUGGAAAUUGAAGGCACUGCGCAAUGUCCGGCGCAGGUUAUGCUGGCGGCGGCACUCGGCUGUGAAGAACUAGGAAUUACCAAUAAACUGCUGGCGCAGAGCGUGUUCGGCCUGUGGAUGACCAGUCCGCUGCUGGAGGUACAGCUGAAGCCUCACCAUCGGCCGUACGCCGUUCGGGUUGCGUGGUCCAAGCUGCUGGACAAACACAGCCACGGGAACGAGUUGGAGAAGCUGUCUGAUGAACCGAUGACGAUGCUACGGCGCAAUGUGUUCUUCUCGCGGAAGGACGAGGAAAAAAUCAAGGAUCCCCGGAUAUUGGAGUUGUUGUACGAAGAAGCGCGACAUAAUGUGCUACUGGGGCGGUACGUGAUGGAAUCGUCUCACUCUAUCAUGCUCGGGGGCAUUCAAGCGAGGAUUGAACUGGGUCCGUACAACUCCCACACGCAUACGACUAGCUAUUUCAGAGAGAAUCAGUUCCGCUUCCUGCCGGCGCACGUGGCAAAAAGCUCCAGCUGGUCGUGGCUUCCAAUCAGUCGGCGGACGUCGGCCGAGGUAAGGCUGCUCGAGCAGUUCAAACGGGUUCCGACAACGGCGACAACCAAGAAGCUGAUGCGAAAGUAUCUCGAGUUCUGCUGGGGACUGCCGUUCUAUGGUGCGGCAUACUUUCACGGGCAGCUGGAGCAACCGAUACGUGGUCUGAUGGGUUUGGUGCAACAGAAAGACCUCCCAGUACUGAUAGCCGUUAAUGAACGUGGAAUAUUUGUGAUAGACCAAAUCGAAUGCACGUUACUGCUCGGUCUCAAGUACGAGGAAGUAUCCUGGGACUUCGCCAAACCGAGCAAUGCGAACGAUCCGGACUGUUUGUCCUGUAUCUUUCUCCAGUUCGGUGCCGUGGAAAAUGGAAUUGCCGUUACGAAGCUUAUGCAAAUCUUCACUCGCCAAGCUGCCAUGAUAGACGCCUUAAUCACCCACUUCAUCGAGCAGGCCAAACGGCGGAAAGAGAGCGGUGAAUCGGAGGUGCCUGCCGGGGAGAACCAGUAUGAAGCGGAACCAAACCCAAUCCAAAACAACGGAAUGGGUGUACUGAGCAACAAACUGUCGCGGCUAACGUUGGCCACGUUCGAUGACGAGGGACGCUGCAUUGGCCAGACAGGGUCGCUAUCGAUAAGUUAUUAACAUUUAAUUCUUGUCUAAGGGAUGUGCGAUCGGGGCGUUGCGGGUGACGCCUUAGGGUAGGCUCCAGGUUUCGGAAUAAAGGAAAAUAUUUGCUUUCGCACUAAUUGUUCAGGGGGGUGUGGAUUGAAUAACGUGGGUUGGGAGGUUGUUCGAACAGUUGUAUAUAAUGUUAUUACCUUUAUUAAUCUAUUUUUCGAGCGGUAUCACUGUGCGAUAUUUGUUUGUCCCUAAAUGCAGUUAGACACUGUUAAUAUCACAAUAUCGUUAAUUAUUGUUGAGGUCUGCAGGAUGUUAUACAUAGUCGAAGCCGGAAGAUUUUCGCUUUUUAAGUGGUUUACUGUGAAUUUUUUGCCAAGAUUCAGUUCAGUUAGCAGUCAGUAAAUGUACAAUGCGUUUGCGCAAUUCUCCCUGUUUCGGUGCCAUUUUAGCAGAACUUAGCAGGACGAGGUCUGGGGUUCCCGCUCAACUCGCCAACUUCUCUACAUCAUUCUACAUUCACAUCAUCUACACGAUCAAUAUAAUCCUGUUGUUUUUCGCUGUACAACAGUGUGGCUAAAGUUUUACAAUGAUCAUUAAACUCAUCUUUCUCUUAAAUUUUUGAAAAGCACUUAUUCUCCUAUCAAUCAAUCCAAGUCCCUCUGGCCAUCGAAAUGCGAACUGGUACUGCAAAGAAUAAACGAUAGUCGAAGUGUGUACAAGCCAGUGUUGUCAAUGUUUGUAGCAAUCUCGUGUGUGAAUACGUACGAAAACAGAAUAGAAACAAAAAAUCACCUAAGCGUAAAACAAGAACAAGUUCAUAAGCCUAUGCAGCGGGCGAUACUCGAUACGAAUUUACCUUCGUAUAUAGUGUAAUUUGCAAUGAUUUGAAAUAGUUUCGUUGCAGCAGAGCAAGUGCAGCAUCCUUGUACUCUAUCGACUAGUCUAUACAGUUCGCAACAACUUUAACACAAAGGACACUCGUGCAUAAUACACAGAUCUUUCACUUGUAUUCUAUACAUAGCAAAAUAAAUAAACUUGCGCGUUUCUCUGUAAAGGAAAAAAAAACAACCAAACAAACAAUACCUAGAAGAACAAAAUCGAGAACACAACUAAUAUAAACGGGAUGGUAGGAGUAAGAAUACUAAAUGGAAUUUUUCGUGGAGCGAACAAGGAAUGAGGACAACUAGUGGCGGAAACAUAAUUUUGAUAAGUUUGGUUUAGUAAGAAAAAUAUACCAAAAGAAAGUGUAAAUCUACCUUAUAUAUACCGGAAUAAGAAAAAUAUAUAUAUUUAGAUAUUUUAUACUAAACAGAAAGGCGGUCACGUAUAACAAGUUGUGCAUGAGGUGGCGAAUGCGCACAGUCAGAUGCAAAACUCAUCCGCAUACGAAGGCACCGUGGAAAAAAAAACAAAAGAAAGGAAACGAAGGUGGAUCAAGUGGUAAAUAACCGCAGAACAAAGGUUUGGAAAGAGAUUACUUAUAUUCACAAACACUCUCACAUACACACACGUACACAUUAACAUACGGACGGUAAACCAAACCACACCAAAACAAACACUUAAAGGAAAAACGAUAUCAAUAACUUAAGGUAAGAUUAGUUCAAUCGAACCGUGUAAAGAAAGAUGCUAUUAAACAAUGUGAAAAAUUAAACGGGCGAAAUGGGAAGAGCGACUACUUUUGAAUAAGAAAACGUAUCUGUGAAAACUUAA